GGGAGGGAGGGAGAGAGGGAGGAUGCUGCCAGCGGAAAAUGGCUGCUGCAACCUCAAGCCUAUCCUGAUACACCGAAACGACAUCAAGGUGGAGAGGGAGAGCGAGUGCAAGAGAGAGAGAGAGGAAAAGAGAGAAAGAUUAGGAAAAUGAGAGCGGAUGGAGAAAGAAUGUAAGCGUGUCUGUGAGUGUUUCCUGAAAGGAGGAUAAAAAGAGAGAGAGGAGACCCUGGGGUGGGCUGCUGCAAGCGGCGGGCAACACCGAGCCAUGGAGGGCGAUGUGCGUGUUCGGGCAGUGGUGAUGACACGUGACGACUCCAGCGGCGGCUGGGUUCCCCUCGGAGGCGGAGGCCUGAGUCACGUGGUCAUAUGUAAGGGGCGCAGCCACGACGGCAGGGGGCGGAGGGAGUACGUCAUACGUGGAGAGCGGCUACGAGAUCGAGCACCGGUGCUGGAGUGUGCGGUGCAACGAGGGUUAGUGUACAACAAGGUGAACCCCAUCUUCCAUCACUGGCGAGUCGAAGAUCGAAAGUUUGGCCUCACGUUCCAGAGUCCUGCGGACGCCAUCUCCUUCGAGAAGGGGCUGCAGACGGUUCUAGACAAGCUGGACAGAGGCUCUGAUUCGCCCUCCUCCUCCACGCCCGAAGAGGCCGACACGGAGGACGACGGUCAAGCCUCCCAUACAGGAAGUGAGUCGUCGUCCAACAGCAGGAAGGAGAUGCUUCCCAAACCCAUCACCAUAGUGACGAGCGAGUCGUCGUCCACCUGUUUCGUGCGCUCAGAGGAGUUCAGCUUCGGGUCCAGCCACGCGGUCACCACUCAGACACCUGCUCAGAUCCACACCAGGCCGGGACAGCACCAGCUAUCGCAAAUCACGACGGUGUUGAAUCCCCCGGCGCCUCCACCGCCACCUCCCGCUCCUCCCACUCCUCCUGUGGGUCCCCCGGCCUCGUCCCCCCUCUCCCCCCUCUCACCCACCAUUUCUCUUCUGGAGGAGGGGGACCUGCGAAGCGUGGAUCCUUGCAAAGACCUGUGGGGCUCCCGAGGGUACGAGGACUACCGACGGGCGGGCGCCACCAGGACUAUGGUUGGGGGUCUGACUGGGGGGGUGGUUGUGGGGGGCGGAGGGAGCCUGCAGGACAAGUCAGAACUGUGCGUGGUCCGCUUUGAGAAGGAGCUCGCCGGAGUGGGGACGGCCGGGUGCGAAGUGACGGUGAGCCUGGACAGCAAGGCGGCGCAGCGCCUGUCGUCGUCGUCGCCCACCUGCAUGUCGGUGCCCAACGCCGUGUCGGGCGUGUCCUCCGGCGCCGGGUCGCCCCAGGAGACGGGCAAAGGCUCGCCCUCGCCGUGCUGCAUCCACACCUCGCUGGCCACGCCCCGCUCGCGGACUCGUAAGAGAGGAGGCGGGGCCAGCGGCGGCGGCGCCGACCCGGGGGUCAUCUCCCCCGACGACGACAGCCCGUGCCCCCAGGCCUCGUCGUCGUGCUCCUCCCGCUGCGUUUACUGCCGCUCCGUGUUCAGCGCGUCGGAGAACGGGCGGGGCCGAUGCCGCGACGCCCCGGACCCGGCGCUGCACUGCCUCCGCCAGUGGACCUGUGUGUGGUGCGCAGAGAGCCUGCUCUACCACUGCAUGUCGGACUCUGAGGGGGAGUUCUGGGAGCCUUGCUCGUGCGAUGACUCGAUGGGGGGGCACCCGCACCCCCUCUGCUGUGCCCGCUGGCUGGCCCUGCUGGCCCUGUCGCUGUUUGUGCCCUGCAUGUGCUGCUACCUGCCUUUGCGCGCCUGCCUGCGCUGUGGCGAGAGGUGUGGCUGCUGCGGGGGAAAGCACAAGGCGGUGCGAUGAGGCCAGGUCGGGGGAUGGGAGGGGUUCUCCGGACCGGGGGGGUGGUGAAUGGGCAGAGCACCUGCAGGGAUGCAGCAUGUCCCAGUACACCCAGAAUGACCUCUGACCUCUGACGCGGCCCUCGAAGGCCCCACGACCGUCCACUGCAUUCCACUCUCUCUCUUUCCGCCCUGGGGCCUUCCUCACUGGUCCGUGCCUGCUCAAGGUGCACUACACUCCGACCAGGCUCUGUGGGAACCGUCCGGAGCCUUUAAAGUGGAUUUACUCGAACUGGUGGCCAGAGACUACAUCGCUGGAAGAGGCAACGAUGACGUGUACUCUGUUUCAAAUGUUUGUUUUUUUUUAUUUAGGAAGAAAAACACAAAAAACAAAAGAUGUUUAUAUAUAUGAUUGUUAUAAUUUCAAUUGGUAUAUUUUAUUAAAUGUACAACUAAAUAUUAACAGGAUCCCCCAAUGGCACACACGAUCACAUAUUCACAAACAUGAGAUGUUGGGGAAGUGAUUUGUUUCAUGUUGGCCUGUUCGUCAGCCAGAUAAACAGACGUCACCCUUUACCUCUAAUUUUACCUCAGAUGUUAUUCAAAGCCUGGAAACGCAGGAAAACGGGAGUGGGUAGCGGUUUGGAGGGGGCCUUCAAGGAAGCAGGAGCAUCUGAGAGUGUUGUCUUUUGGUCAAAGUGGAAAUGCAAAGGGACAAUUAUUAAGGGAAGUUGCAAUGACAACCACAAAGACUUAAAAUCAUAAUGUGAUUCAUUAUGGUCCUUUCUAACCAAACACGGUUAUUUUAGUUUUUUGAAGAAAAAAAAUCAAGAAUGUGUGUUCAACAUUACGCCCUCACAUUACACAUCCUUUCAUAUUUACAAUAGUAAUCAUAGAAACCAUCACACCUCACUGUACUUGUUGAAUUAGUCAAGGUGCUUACAACUGAGGCCUCUGAGCGAGUCUAUUCUACCUAAUGUACACGACUGUACAGUCCCAGCCCCAAAGAGAAGCCGAGCCUGUGGCCAUCGCUCUGCAGGCGUCCAGGCCUUCGAAUGAGAUGCAACCAAAAAACCCUACGUGCAGUGAAGCUUUGGUCGCUCACAUCAAACGUGACACUGUCUGACACCACGAGCGUUAACCUGGUGAGAUGAGUGGAGGCCACUUGGUUUGGACUAACGCGUUGUGUCGCUUAAGGUCCGACGCCUGAACAAAGCUGCUAGUUUAAAUGAACUCUGCUCAACCGUUCGACUCACAAACAAUGCUGACCCACCGGGGACGCUUUGAAAUCCGUCUGGUUGUCCCUUAACUUUUUCUGGUGCCAGGAAGAUACUAAGCUAUAAUAUCAUUUUAAUGGUUAAUGCAACACGCUUGCAUCUGGCUUUCUGUGAGCUUUGUUCAGUAAAUGCUAAAAUAACUAUUGGAAUGCACUUAGCAUUAUCACUCAGAGGCGUUCUCCUUUAAAGUGUAACACUGUUUAACCAGUGGUGGUUACGUCACAUCACCUGGUUUACCGUGAAUUACGGCAGAAUGAACUUUUCAGAAGCUUCAGCAGAAUAAUUGACGUUUUAGGUUUAGCCAAGAACUUUUAUCCAAAGUGACUUUAAGUGAGCGAUCAGGCAGCAGGGUUCAGAGACAUGACGCUAAUGAGCGCUCCACCUCGUGGUUGGGGCGGCCUGCCAACGGUGGAGGUCCACUUAAAAAACAUGAUAGAAAGACAUGGUCUCAGCUGGUCACUUCAAUGCCAUAACCCCCUACACACACACACACACACACACACACACACACACACACACACACACACACACACAACGCACAGACCGGCACCCACACAAACACAAGCUCACUGAAUGGUGCAGAUAAACAGAACUAGUUAAGCCAUUGCACAGUUUGCUACUUCUGGUCAGAACCGGCGUUCGAGUACAGUACUGACAGUCAUGCGAUCACAACUGCAGGCCCCAUUCUUACAUCUUAAUAAAUGUGCCUUUUGAUUUAAGUAAUCAAGACCUUAUGAUUUCAAAGUAACUCUGUAUUAAGUACUAUUGACUUUUUGGUUUUUGGUUUCUGCCAAUGUGCAUAUUUUCAAAUGUACGUAUUUAUUAGUUUCAAAGUAAUUGAGAUAUUACCCGUUUAUUUAUUUAUUGAGAUAUUUAUUCGGAUUCUUUAUUUUUUUGAGACAGGUUUUUAUCUUCCGUGCUGUCUUACUUCUGACUUUGUGCCAAUGUGCUGCUUUGAGGUGUUACAUAUCGUGGGUUUGUAUCAUUAUUAAACCCUCACUCUAUAUUUUAAAA